CACCGACAUGUGAGCGGUUCUCACCACGUUAGUAUGGUUUUUGGUAGAAGACGCGAACCGAGCUUGUUCGAGCCGCGAGUUUCCAAUCACUUUUACUAACUCUCACUUUUAGCUAUGAGUGUGGCUAUAGGGAGCACCGAGUUUACUAAGUCCAACGUGCUACUGACGGCCGGCUGCGAAAGGCGGACGUUUCGCGAGAGAACCAAGGAUUUUCUGAAGAAUUUGAGGUACUGCCUGGCUGAGACGACGGUAGAGCCAUGUCUCUUCAUCUACAUGCUGUGCACCUCGCUCUCGUCUCUUGCAGUCCAGAAUAUGCACCUGGAGAAGUCUUGCCGGGCCAACUUCCAAUUCAGCGAUGACAUCUGCGACCGAAUCAAGUUCAGGAACACCACAGGCUUGGACGCGGAGGUGAAUGCAGUCCAAUCUCUGGUCGCGAAGGUCGUCGCUUGGAAGUUCCCUCUUCAGACGAGCAUCCCGGCGGCUAUGGUGAUAUUCAUAGGCGCGUAUAGUGACAGAACGAAGAGACGGAAGAUUUUCAUACUCAUUCCGUUCCUAGGGGAGAUUGUGGCGAACGCAGGCCUGCUAUUAGCGACGUACUACAUGUUUGAGGUCUCCUUGACCGCCACGGCGCUUAUUGAGGCGCUACCGGCUGCCUUCAGUGGCAGCUACAUCAUAAUAUUCAUGGGAAUGUACAGUUUCAUGGCGGAUCGCACCACGGAGGAGAACAGGACGUUUCGUCUCGGACUAGUGACGAUUUGCGUCAGUUUGGGAACUCCUACGGGAACCGCGCUCAGUGGGAUCAUUCUAAAGUGUUUCGGUUACUACGGCGUGUUCACUUUGUGUAUAUUGUUGCAUGUGAGUUCGUUGUUAUAUGGGGUGUUUAAGUUGGAGGAUGUGACGCCUCCAGUCAAUGUGGGGAAUGACAGUGGGAAGUUAAGGGAGGUUUUCUCUCUUGUGACAGAAACCGUGUUGGUUGUGGUCAGACCUCGCGCAUACGGGCUGAGAAGUCAGAUCUGGGCUGUGAUUGUGCUGUACGUGAUAAUGGUUGGACCUUUGUACGGUGAUUCACAAGUCAGUUACCUGUACGCGAUACGAAAAUUCAACUUCACCGAGAUGGAAUACAGCGUGUAUGGCACCAUCAGCAUUGUGCUUGGACUGUUCGGAACAGCCUUCUGCAUAGGAAUCCUGAGCAAGAAAUGCAACGUGCAGGACAGCAUGAUUGGAGCAUUGGCGGGUGUGAGCAGGAUAGCUGGAUGUCUGGUGUUUGCGUUUUCGCCGACGAGACAAUGGUUUUACUCUGCUCCUCUCUUCAAUAUAUUCAGCCACACUGGUCUGACAGCCGUUAGGUCUAUUGCCACUAAGAGUGUCCCAGUGGAAGAAGUUGCUAAACUAAGUUCAGUGAUAGGAGUGAUGGAGGCCAUUGCACCGUCUGUCUACAUGCCGACAUCUAGUCUGAUAUACGUGUCAAGUAUUGAGACAUUUCCUGGCGCGUUCUACCUGUUUGACGCAACCCUGACGCUGGUUGCGUUGGCUUUAUUUACGAACAUUUAUUUCAUCAUGAAAAAAAGGAGUAAAAUGGACGGAGCCGAACCGAAAAACAAAGAAGAAUUUGCGAGAUGUAAUGAAGUUUCAAGAUUUUGAGACUGUAUACUGAAACAGUAAGAACUGGAGCACAAAAUAAAAACAGGCGCUGUGAAAAACGACAGAAUAGAAUAUUUAUUUAGACCUUACUUAUAAGAAGAUCCAUAUAAAUUAUAAAGAGAUAUAAAUUGUAUUACUAUGUCGUCUCUAUACAUCUGUAUAGAGAAGAUAUAGUUAUACAAUUUCUUCAGACUUCCUCUGUCACUUUACUUUUCUAUAGUCCGUUGUUUGAAUCUGGGGGCACGGCAGUGCUUUACCAUCCUUUUGUCGCGUUUCAAGCGAUUUACGAUCUUUCCUAUUUCGACGUGGACAAAAGUAGAGUCAUUUUUAUUAG